AGGUUUUAUGUAUUCUUCAGAUCAAAAGGUUUCAGACAGGGGAAAGCCGCGUCUCUGCCGUGGAUAUUUAUCAACACUGACUAUGGUUUAAAUGGUCCUGUGCUGACAGUUGGAAUGCUGCAUAUUGCUGGAAGCUACUGAAGGGCAUCUGACUGAGUGAUUGCACCUUUCUCCAAAGUCAAAAUGGAUUUGAAAAACAAGGCACCGAUUGCUCUCUUCCUGAUUCUGUACAUCAACCACAUUUCAGGAACAGCUGUCCCCGCACCCAAAAAACUGGAAGUCCAUAUUUACGAGGGGGAGGUAAUAGUUCUAUGGGAACAUCCCGAGGAGGCCCCAUCGGAAGCAGUUUAUAAUGUACAAAUGACAAAAUAUGGUAGUGGUGCUGGUUGGGAUAACGUAUCCAACUGCUGGGGGAUCACAAAGAACUACUGCCUCAUUGACCCUCAAAUAUAUGAAUACACAGAUGCCUACAUAGUCAGAGUUCAGCUUGUCAAAGGAGAUCAAAAGUCUGCAUGGAAAAGAACAACUAGAUUUUAUGUAAAUCAAGGUGACUUGCUUCCUCCCUCCUUUACUUUGCGGGCCACUUCAAGCACACUUGCAGUUUACGUUCAUGAAAAACCAAUUCUGAGAAAAAUCUAUCCAUAUGGUGUUGCGUACACUUUGUAUUUGGAGGAGAUUGGUCAAGAAAACAAGACUACAACUGUUUACGUGAGAGAUGAUGAAGGAGAGGAUCAGAGGACGAAGACUUUCACAUCUCUCCACUGGGGAAGAAAGUACUGCGUCAGCGUCAAAGUCGAAGGCCUUGGUAGCCUCUCCACCAGCAACGUGUCUGAAAAGCAGUGUUUGCACCUCCCAGAGCAAGAAUUUUAUAUUAUAGCUGCAACAUCCUUAUCUAUUCUGGGGAUCCUGGUCUUUGUUGCUUUUUUGACCGGCAUUCUGCUGUGUUACAUAAAACGCCCUGCGAAAACCCCUGUUGCAUUGAAGUCCCCUGUAAGAGGCUGGCAUCCACUUUCUGUCUCAGAAGGGACCAUGGAGGUGAUCACAGACAAGGGAUGGUUUCUGUCCAGUACCAGAACUGAUACAAAAACCACUCUGAAGCUGCCUGAAACCAAUGUUACAAUAAUAGAUGAGGAGGAGGAGGAGAACAGGAGGACCAGCUUGGACAGCGGGGUCAGCGUAGAGGCAGACUCCGCAGCAGACAACAGAGGACAAGCUCCAGCGAGGCAGGAGGACAGCGGCUGCGGGAGCAUGGGCGGGUCAGACAGCUCUGCCGACAGCCACACAGAUUACCCUCUGCAGGAUGACAGCAUGGAGGCGGAGGACGUCAGAAAGAGGGAAGACAGCGGGAUGGGCUUGAGCUGCCAGCUCCAUUCCUCUUCCCUGAACCUUGAUGAUCACGACACAGAGCCUCUCGUGGAGACUGUGAUUGUGGGAAAUUACCGCACCCAGAGCCCUUCCAACAUGCAGAUCCAAAAAAACAAUAGCGAGGACAUGUUAAAACAGAUCCCUGCCCACUCGCUAAUGGCGGAAGUGGUGACGGGAUACAAAGCCGGGCCUCAGUCCUGUAUAUGCUCAGAAACAGGGCAGUGCAGCUGGUGCCACAGGCAUGGCAAUCACGGGCCCGAAGGGGCCAAAGUUUACAGGACUGUCUGGAUGGAAAACCUGCAUAAUAACACACACAUGGACUCCAUCUCAGUGAACUCAGAAGCGUCAUUUUUACAACUGACUGAAACGUUUCCCCUGCUAACAUCUAAAUACGAACAGGACAGCAAUAUGAACAAUGUGGCCCUCUCUCUCUGCGACGUUCAGCUUACAACUGACUAAGCCGCUGUGGAAUGCAACACUAUUUAUAGAUCUCUUGGGAAGAAUCCAAGCUUACAUGUCACACUGCAUGUUUGAAAGUGGAACCAAUAGGCGUAGUUAAAUUAGCAUGGCUGGAGGGACCACGGCGGUUUAAACCCAGGCGGGAGAGAAGAAUGCACAGCCGCUGCCGACCGGUAACCGUCACUGGUGCCUUGGAGCCUUGUUGACUGAAGACAUUUUUCAAACCUGCCUCCUCGGGUAUAUUAUUCACUGACUAAACGGCACAUGCCGGAAAUGAAACCAGUAUGGGGAGCGCUGUGAAAAAAACAGCUUGACAGUUACUCACUUUAACAUUCAAUGAUUUAACCCCCUCCAUCUAUGACUACUUGUGUGACUGUGGUUACUGAAAGCACAGAACUCAGUUAGUUUUCUGAUGUAAUUUAUUUUUUUGGAACAGACUUUUUUUCCCCACAAACUCUUGCAGUAUUCAAUAAAGCAUAAAAAAGAUAUUUUUGUAAAAAGAAAAAGAAAAAAAGAAGCUAACAUUUAUUUUCUUGUUUUUAUUGAUCAUUGUUUUUGCUUCAGUCUCAAAUGCCUCAGCAAGUAGCCUUUUUCUAAUUACGUCCUGUUGAAAGUAUUUAUAAUGUGUUUUUAAAAAUACAUAUAUUAUUUCGUUCUGCA